AUGACCACAUCUUUGGAAUACCUCGUCGGCCUUGAAGGCACCGAGGUUACCCUCAACUCAUCGCCACAACCGCUGUUUCACACCGGCACCUGGGAAAUUGUCGAGAAGCUUGAAGAGAACGCAGAGGUCGAGGACGAGCGAGACGUGGCCGAUGGGUUGGGCCCUUCAGAUGUUGCUGGAAAGUUUCUUUGUCGCCCCGCCGGUUCCGAUGCCCAAAAGAUCGCAUUUAUGCGAAUUUACAAGCAGAUUCCUAUCGCUGGGACUGAGUUCCAGAAGCCUACAAUCCGUGCUGCCCAGGCCGUCGAAUCACCUGACUACAUCGAGCUGAUUGCCCUCAAGGACCUCCGGGAACAAGGCUGUGAUGCUGUGCCUAAGCUCCUUGGGUAUCACUCGGGGAAAAAAGGGUUUUGGAGUUAUCCCAUAUCCAAGCGAGAGGAGAUUCGGCACAAGUUUUGCGAGGCUUACAAGAAGCUUGUGAAAUGCGGAUAUCGGCCACUCAUGUCUGAGUCGUCCAAGAUCAUUUACGAUUGGAACAACGGGGAGAUGCACAUCUCCGGAUUCAGUAACGCGGUUCGCAUCGACACAAGCGAGGAGUGGAUUGAUAGAAUCCGUAUCUGGUAUAGCCUGGUUCUGAAAUCCAAGGAAAUGGAUCAGUUCUUUCCUGUCACGGCCACUGAUGUGCUUUUCGACAAAGAGGGCUGGAGAUGGUAA